CUCCAUCUUGCUGACACCGCUUCCUCCCAGGCUGUUGCCACCUUCCCCUGGCUGUGGAUCUCUCCAGCAACACCAUGUCACUCUCAGUGCGCACCUCUGGGCUGCCCCGGGGGCUGUCUUCCCAGAGCGGCACGUCGGGCAGAGCCUGGGGCAUGUCUGCUUCCAGUGCUGGAAGUGGCUAUGGGGGAAGUGGCUAUGGGGGAAGCACCUUUGGCUUGGGAGGCAGCUGUGGGGGAGGCUUUUCUGCUGCUUCCAUGUUUGGCUCUAGUUCUGGCUUUGGUGGUGGCUCUGGAAGUUCCUGUGCAGGAGGACUGGGCGCUGCUUACGGGGGAGCCCUGGGAGGUGGCUUUGGAAGCCUGGCGAUGGGACUUGGGGGAAGCCCAGGAGGUGGCUCUCUAGGUGUUCUCUCUGGCAAUGAUGGAGGCCUUCUGUCCCGAUCAGAAAAGGAAACUAUGCAAAAUCUUAAUGACAGAUUAGCCUCCUACCUGGAUAAGGUUCGAGCUCUAGAAGAGGCUAAUACUGAGCUGGAAAACAAAAUUCGAGAAUGGUAUGAAACACGAGGAUCUGGGACUGGAGACCCCGGGUCACAGAAUGAUUACAGUAAAUAUUAUCCAUUGAUUGAAGACCUCAGGAAUAAGAUCAUUUCUGCCAGCAUUGGGAAUGCCCAGCUCAUCUUGCAGAUUGACAACGCAAGACUGGCUGCUGAAGACUUCAGAAUGAAAUAUGAGAAUGAGCUGGCCCUGCGCCAGAACGUGGAGGCCGACAUCAACGGCCUGCGCAGGGUGCUGGAUGAGCUGACCCUGGCCAGAGCCGACCUGGAGAUGCAGAUCGAGAACCUCAAGGAGGAGCUGAUCUACCUGAAAAAGAACCACGAAGAGGAGCUCCAAAGCUUCCGAGCAGACGGCCCAGGCCAGGUCAGCGUAGAAAUGGACGCUGCCCCCGGAGUGGACCUCACCAGGCUCCUCAACGACAUGAGGGCGCAGUAUGAAGCCAUCGCUGAGCAGAAUCGUAAGGACGCGGAAGCCUGGUUCAUUGAAAAGAGCGGGGAGCUCAGGAAGGAGAUCAGCACCAACACCGAGCAGCUCCAGUCCAGCAAGAGCGAGGUCACCGACCUGAGGCGCGCAUUUCAAAACCUGGAGAUCGAGCUCCAGUCCCAGCUCGCCAUGAAGAAAUCCCUGGAGGACUCGUUGGCCGAAACUGAGGGCGACUACUGCGGCCAGCUGUCGCAGGUGCAGCAGCUCAUCGGCAGCCUUGAGGAGCAGCUGCUCCAGGUGCGCGCGGACGCCGAGCGCCAGAACGCCGACCACCGGCGGCUGCUGGACGUCAAGGCCCGCCUGGAGCUGGAGAUCGAGACCUACCGCCGCCUGCUGGACGGCGAGGCCCAGGGUGAUGGUUUGGAUCAAAUUUCUUCUGUGACAGAUUCCAAAUCUCAAGCACAGUCAACCGAUUCCUCCAAAGACCCAACCAAAAGCCGAAAAAUCAAGACAAUUGUGCAGGAAGUGCUGAACGGUGAGGUGGUCUCCUCUCAAGUUCAGGAAAUUGAAGAACUAAUGUAAACUGUCACAAGAUCUGCCCCAUAGUUGAUUCCUUAGGAACAAGAAAUUUACAAGUAGAAAUUAUCCCUUUCAGAGUAAGAUGCUAUAUUAGUUCAAUCUCUGUUUUUGUCUGUUUCAUCUUCUUUGGAUUCCCUAUUCACUCUGAGUCCUUUUUGCCCUUCUGAAACAAUAUUCAAUUACAAGUCAUUGUGGCUAUGUUGGUCUUUCAACAAAUCAAAAUUGCCUUACAUCUUUCUGGACCUGGAGUAGUCUUUUAAUCAACUUUCUUCUAGUGACCUGGAACAUGUUUUUAAUCACAGGACUUUGAUCAAGUAGCAUUGUUUUAAUAAAGCUAAUUUUAAUGAAAUAUGAAUGGUAAUAAUGUGAAA